AUGUCAUCCCUUGUUAUCUUACAUAUAGCAUUAAAGAAGAAGCAUAGUCGAAUAAGUGUUACAUGUUUUGGUAGAAUACCACGAAUUGCCACAGACUUUACUAUUUUCUCCUUUCUUCUCUACCAAACCCUACGAAAGAAGGUUUUCUCUCAACAUUUCUUCCCUUUCUUCCUUUCUCAAUCUCAUCACUUUCUCCCCUCUCUUCUUGGUUCAACAUUUCUUGGUUCAACACCUGGCUCUGAGCUUUCUGUUGAGGAGCGAAAUCUUCUCUCUGUCGCUUACAAGAACGUGAUUGGCUCACUUCGAGCUGCUUGGCGGAUUGUUUCUUCCAUCGAGCAAAAGGAAGAGAGUCGUAAGAAUGAAGAGCAUGUUGUUCUUGUUAAGGAUUAUAGAUCAAAGGUUGAGUCUGAGCUUUCCGAUGUCUGCGCGAGUAUUUUGCAGCUUUUGGACUCGAAUCUUAUUCCAUCUGCCUCUGCUAGUGAGUCUAAGGUCUUCUACUUGAAGAUGAAAGGGGAUUACCAUAGGUAUUUGGCGGAGUUUAAGGUUGGAGAUGAGAGAAAAACUGCUGCUGAGGAUACUAUGCUGGCUUAUAGGGCUGCUCAGGUUGCUUGCCUGAAAAACGACUUUUUGGGGCAUUUGGAUGUUUUUAAUCCUUUUCUUCGAUAUACGGAAGCUAUAUGUAGUUUUCUUGCUGCACGGACAACUGAACUGGAGACUGCUGCUUAUCCUGCCUUGGAUGAGCUUACUGCCAAGAUUAGUUCCCGCAACUUGGACAGAGUUCGUAAGUUGAAGAGUGCAAUGACCAGGUUGACUGCGAGGGUUCAAAAGGUAAGAGAUGAGCUCGAACAAUUACUGGACGACGACGAUGAUAUGGCAGACCUUUACUUGUCAAGAAAGAUGAGCUCAUCUUCUCCUGUAAGUGGUUCUGGUCCUGCCAAUUGGUUUCCCGCCUCUCCUACCAUUGGUUCAAAGAUCUCGAGAGCAAGCAGAGCAAGUGUUGCAACUGUACGUGGGGACGAGGAUGACAUCGAGGAACUUGAAAUGCUGCUGGAGGCUUACUUUAUGCAAAUUGAUGGUACAUUGAACAAAUUAACUACACUGCGAGAAUAUAUUGAUGACACAGAAGAUUAUAUUAAUAUCCAGUUCUUAAAUUUUGCUGGCUCUCUUGAUCUGCAGUUGGAGCUCUUUUUAAGUUCUGGUACUGUUUGUUUGUCUAUCUAUUCUUUGGUGAGUGCAAUAUUCGGCAUGAACAUUCCUUACACUUGGAAUGACGAUCAUGGAUACAUGUUUAAAUGGGUUGUCAUUGUUGCUGGAUUUGCUUCCACGGUGUUGUUCAUCACAAUUAUUUACUAUGCUCGCUAAAAAGGUUUGGUGGGAUCUUGAUCUUCUUUCAUUCAAAUGAUGAAAUCCUUUUCCAAUGGAAACCGUUAGUUGAACUGUGACAGACAAUGAAGGAAAAAAAGAACGGGAAGAAAAAUAGAAAGGAAGUGCAUUGCUGAUGAGUUUAGGAGUGAUAUACAUACCUGACUAUACUUACAAUUUCAGUUUCUGUGGGAUUUUAGGAUUGAAAAGAGGGAAAGAAGGAAAGAAAA